GCAACAACCGGAGCAAUGACGUCACGUCAAAGAAUCCAACGUAAAUAUAGUAAAAAGAAUCAAACGGACGCGCUCUUGUGAGUUUAGCGCGCGCUUUAUGUCGCUGCGAAGAUGAAUAUUAAUGCUCUACUGCCUCAUUAACGUCACGUCGUCAGGCGGUGGGCGGGGCUUGUGAGAGAUCGCGCUCAGGUCUCGUGUACGGCACCGUGUAGCUGUGAGCGUGUUUUGCGUGACGGGGACGAACAGGGCGUCUGACCGACACCACGCAGCCAGAACACGGUAAGACGCUGCAGAACGAGCGCUGAACGCGAUUCUAACGCGUUUUAUCGGCGGAGGACUGCAGAUAGAUCGUGUUUUCAUCAGCUCUGGGGAUCCCCUGUUCCCGGAUGAAGUCACGGCCAUCGCGACGCGCACGCUCAUACGGUGGAACAGGAUGAGCACGAGGAUGAAGGAUGAAGGUCAUAUGAGAGCCAUGGCCAGAUUUAAAAACAAAAGGAUGGAAAAGUCAAAGCCGGAGUCUGAGAGGGACUCAGGGUUCUCAGACGGCAGCUCCGAGCACCUGAGUGUGGUCGAUCAGACGGAAACAGACGGUGCGUCGCGUUCCUCCUCCAGAUCGCAGGCGUCGCAGCUGACGGCGGUGGUGGGUGGAGCUCUGCCGGGCCUCUCGCCAAUGAUCAUCAUGAACAAUGUUGUUCUAAAGCAGCAGUCUGGAGAAAACCCUUCGUCUUUGAAGCCCUGGGCCUUCAGUCCGGCGGUGGAGGUGGUUCAGCAGCCUCAGGUCGUCUUCCUUCAACCUGUCGUCCCGCAAAGAUCCACCCCAGUGCCAAAGGGACCCCCGUCUAAGCGGCGUCGGCACAAAAAGUACCUCCCUAUCCUUAAAUCCUACCCCAAAAUCGCUCCUCAUCCCGGAGACAAGCCGCCUAAGAGCAGCAGCAGCAGCAGCACUUCUAGUUCCAGCUCCGCUUCCUCAGUCAAGAGCUCGUCUUCCCCUCGCAGUCAGAAAGACUCGCCGGUACCCAGCGCUCUUCCGCCACCCGCAGAUUCACAUACGACUGCCGCCGAACGGAAAUCCGAAUCCGUGGACGGCUCGCCGCGGACACUCACGCCUACUUUGCGCUCCGUUGACACGGACAACAAGAUAAAGCGCUUCUGCAACACGUACAACAUCCUCAGUAAGUCGGGCUUGCUGGACAUCACGCUGCGCACGAAAGAGUUGAUUCGGCAGAACCGCCGGACACAGACGGAGCUGGAGCGUCUGCGCGAGCACACCAACCUGUUCAUGGAAGCGCUGCAGACGGGAGACUCGACCAUCUGGAGCAAGCUGCAAAUGAGCAUGCAAGAGGAGGAGAAAGGGAAAGACAGGACGCCGCGCGACGAAGAGAGCCGAGACGCCAUUGCGCUGAAGUGAGACGAAGACGCCUUUCCUUGCCGUUUUAUGAACAUGCGUUGCAGAUGCAACUUUUGUCUGACUGUAUCUCGAGGUUAAAACAAUGCCAGAGCUGUGCGACGUCGUCCAGAUGUGCGUUCACUCUUUAAUAAGCUUCAGCCUUAAACUAGUUCAGUCCAUAAGCGCUUUACACUCCUGCUGUCAUUUCCACCUCUUAUGUUUCACAGUUUUGAAUGGAUGAAUGUGGACGCUCAAACAGGAUAUUAACAUUAGGCCUCGUUUACAAAGCACAAGAGCAGAUUCUGUCUCAAAACUAGCUGCAGAUCGUAUUUUUGGGCAGUGCUGUCGAUGCCCAAUAACACAGAUGAAAUAUGUGGCACAGCCGUUUCAUUUAAUUCCUCAAAGCAAUUAUGGGUAAUUAUGAAAAAUGGAUCAUUAUAGACUGUCUGUGGAAAGUAGGAUAGGCAGCAGCCCUACCCAUCGUCUGACCCCGAUCCUUUAUUAUGAUUCUGUGAUUUAGUUCUUGGCUUCUUUACCAAGUCAUGUAGGUCUUGUGCUUAAAAAGUCAGAAUGAGUCUGUUUUUUCAGAGACUCACAAUGUCCAGUUCAUAUUUCAAAUGGGAUUUUAGAUUUGUCAUAAAGAAAAUAUAGUCUGUUUUAGGACCAUUAAGGCAAAACACUACAGGUGAACAGGGUAAAAGUUUUAACUACUAAAAGUUACCAUACUUUAGCAGCUUAUUAAUCGCAGGACAUUAAUACACGUUUUCUGAAAAGUUAUGUUUAAUGUUAUGCAUAAUCUAAUUUAAUGUGCUAAUUUGCUUAUAUUUCCAGAAAAGAAAUCUGAAAAUUGGAUAAAGUCAGGUUCAAAAUUGAUUUUGUUCUCAUAUUAGACUUAAAGGUUUUUACAGAGAGGAUUUCUCUUUUUUUAACACUUCAUAAAUCAUAAAAUACUGUCAACAGCCAGGGAAAAAAAUCUGUAUACUUUCAGCAGUUUUUAGGAAUAAAACAUAGUAUAAAACCAGGUGAAUGAAAUAUAAACAAACCCCUCAGUAUAAUCAUUCAGAAUACAGAGAGGAAUAAAACUCUAAAUGUGAGUGCUGCUUAAGUGGAGAAAAAAAAGGCCUGAAAUUUAGAUGCAGAUAGAUUUAGUUUAAAACAUACAGACACACAGGUGAAUGAUGUAUGAACAAACCCCUCAGUAAAAAUCUUCAGAAUAUAUUUAUGAAUAAAACUCUAAGUUUUGGUGUAUGUGCAUGGUGCUGAAGUGGAGAAACAAACUCGUUUUCAGAAAACGGUCUCUAAAGAUUGAAUUUUAAAUUAAAUCUACAGAUGCAAAUAGAUAAGUUGCAAAAUUAAAACCAGGUGAACUAUAUAUGAACAAACCCUUCAGUAUAAUCCUUCAAUAUAUAGAGAGGAAAAAAACUCUCAGUUUUGCUGUACGUGGGUGCUGCUGAAGUGGAGAAACAAGCUCAUUUUGGGAAAAUGACCUUUAAAUAUUGAAUUUUACAUUUAGCCUACAGAUGCAAAAUUAAAACCAGGCGAAUGUUGUAUGCACAAACCCUUCAGUAAAAUCCUUCAGAGUAUCGAGAGGAAUAAAACUCUCAGUUUUGGUGUAUAUGCAUGUUGCUGAAUUGGAGAAACAAACUCAUUUUGAGAAAAUGGCCUGAAAUUUACAGACGCAAAUAUAUAAAGUUUAAAAAAGAAAAACACAGAUGAAUGAUGCAUGAACAAACCCCUCAGUAAAAAUCUUCAGAAUAUAUUUAUAAAUAAAACUCUUAAGUUUUAGUGUAUGUGAGUGCUACUGAAGUGGAGAAAAAAACUCAUUUUCCAAGUAUAACCUUUAAAGAUGUUUUAAAUUAAAUGUAUUUAAAUAGAUAAAGUGCAAAAUUAAAACCAGGCGAAUGAUGUAUGAGCAAAUCCUUCAGUAAAAUCCUUUAAUAUAUAGAGAGGAAUAAAACUCUAAGUUUUGGUGUAUGUGAGUACUGCUGAAGUGGAGAAACAAACUUUUUAAGAUAUUUAAUGGAACUGAAAUCUGUAGAUAAAGUGUGAUUUAAAAACUGACCAGGCUUUUGCCUGUAGUGUCUUGCCUUGAGAUUUGACAUUUUUUAAUGCCUCCAGUUUCAUUAAUGCAACAUAGUUUUCUUUCUCUUGAUUUUGAUUUGAAACAUGAUUGGCUCAUGUUCUAAGGAAUCCACACCUUUAUUUUUGGGAAGUAAUAAGGUGAAUUGCUUUAAGGUCUAUCGUUUUGUUUAGUUAGAUCAGUGGGUCAGUGGCAUUUGAAGUGUGAUGUAAUCUUUUAAGGUGACUCAGAAAUUCACAGUUUUAUUAUGAGGAGUGCUGGAUGAGCUCAACGAGUUUAUUCAGCUUUGUUUUGGACCAUUUGAGGAUCUGAAGUGCUGUGAGUCUGACAGACACGGGCGCAUCAGCGAUCCUCUCAGAACGUCUCUCCUGAAUGCUGUUAUGUGUGUGUGAUGAUGAAUGAUCGUGCUCUCUGCGGUUAUCAGCUCUCAUCUUGCCUUCCUCAAUGAAGUUUCAAUCUCUGAUCAAGAGACGAAGAGCUCAAACUUUCUUUGGCAGCUACUCAUUACCACUAGCUCAUAAAUCACUGCUUUACUUCAAGGAGCUUGUUUCGCAUGUAUAGGUGCACAUAUGACAUACGAAUGACAUGUUUCAUGUGCUGAUUUAAAGCAUUACAGCUAGCACGGGGAGGUUUACUGAAAGUGUUUUAUUAAUUGUGUUCAUGUGAUUCAUACGCAUGUGCUUUUAUACAGUACAGUUAAGAGUAGAAACAGCAGGUGUUACAGGAUAUAGGUCUGUUUUCACCACGGAAUAAAAAAAAAAAUACAAAAGGUGAUUUUUUUUUUUUUUUUAGUUAAUUUGCAAUUCUAAGAAAUA